AUGGCCGACGACAGAGGCCCACGGCUUGUCGCCUCUUGUUGGUCACUGACAGCUGCGGCUGCCAUCUUUCUGGCCAUGCGUGUAUACUGUAAGAUAUGGCGAGGACGCGGUCUGUGGUGGGACGACCACUUGUUGAUCAUCUCAUGGGUAUCACUGGCGAUCGCGGUGUCAAUCAAUACUUAUCUCGUUUCCCUUGGGUUCGGCCGUCACAUCUGGACAAUUAGCGAAGGGAACCGUAAGGCAAUCAGCCUCUACACAAUCCUUGUUGCGACGUUCGGCAUCAUCGCAACGACAACGAGCAAGACCUCGUUUGCAAUCACGCUGUACCGAAUCGCCACGAAUGCGUGGAUGAAAUACUUCCUCAUUUUCAUCAUCGUGUCGAUAAAUAUCUCGAUGAACUUAGUCUGGAUUUUCGGCUUCGCCAAAUGCACGCCGUUGAAGAGGGUGUGGGAUAAGGCCGUGCCUGGAACAUGCUGGGAUCCGAGCAAACUAGUCAAAUUUCAACUGUUUGCUGCCUAUUACUCUGCGAUUCUAGAUUUCGUGCUUGCAUUCCUGCCUUGGCAGAUCAUUAUGGGCAUGUCGAUGCUGCGCCGCGAGAGGCUUGGAGUCGCAGUGGCAAUGAGCUUGGGUGCAAUUGCUGGAGUGACGGGUAUUGUGAAGUCGGUGCUCGUGGUCAACAUGACCAGCACUGACAUUACAUACGACCGUGUUGAUCUAACUAUCUGGACCCUGACGGAGCCCGCAGCCUCAAUCAUGGCAAUCUCAAUUCCUAUUCUGAGGACAUUAUAUCGAGAGCUCAGAUCAAGCCAUAAGAGCUAUUCUCAAAAUAGAACAGGCACAAAUACGCGUGACCCCCGAACUGGAAACUACACUCAAGGCACAGACAGGAAGUCGAAGCGUUACGGCCCCAAUUCGAAAUAUGGUCGGAACUCCGUGGUCAUUAUGUCGACUACGGGAUGGCAGGAAUCUCAAGAAGCCCUGAAGGGUCUGGAAAGCACUCUAAGCAGUGGCACGAGGUCGUCUCCGAACCAGGGCGGCGUCUUGAAAACGGAAGAAUUCACAGUGCGCCAUGAACGACGCAGCUUCGGUGAAGAGAACUCAAUAGAGCUCAAACCUCUCGGAGGAGACUCUGGAGGAGAUAAUGGGAGGGAGCAGGACCCACAAGCAGGCCCAUUACAGGGAAGAAACGGGGUAUAUUCAUAA